AUGGAGCCCACUAUCCUGGGGUGGACAGCUCCCCAGGAUAAAAGAGAACUUAUUUUAGCUGUUUUGUCCCUAAAGGUAUCUUCCAAACCCUCCUCCAACAUUGAACCAGACAACUACACUGAAGCGAAUGAUUUGGUCACACGGAUACCCUCUAAAGUGCAGAUACAAGAUAUUACUAAGGAGCUACACUGCCCACUAUGUAAUGAUUGGUUCCGGGAUCCACUGAUGCUAACCUGUGGCCACAACUUCUGCCAGGCCUGUAUUCAAAACUUUUGGAAGCAGCAAGCAAAGGAAACUUUCUGUCCUGAGUGUAAGAUGAUAUGUCAAUAUAACAACUGUACAUUCAACCUUGUACUGGAUAAGCUGAUAGAUAAGAUUAAGGAACUACACCUACUCAAGGGCUAUCCACAGUGCCCAGAACAUGGAGAGAACCUGAAACUGUUCAAUAAGCCAGAAGGGAAGCUGAUCUGCUUUCAAUGUAAAGAUGCUCAGUUGUCUGUGGGGCAGUCUAAAGAGUACCUGCAAAUCUCUGAUGCUGUCCAUUUCUUCAUGGAGGAGAUUAUCAUCUAUAAAGAUCAACUGGAGGCAACCCUGAAGGAACUUCAGGCCCUGAGGAACAUGCAGAAAGAUGCUAUUGCUGAUUACAAGGAAAACGAGCUACAUCUGCGACAACACAUCUCCUUGGAGUUUUUUAAGCUGCAUCAGUUUCUUCAAUGCAAAGAAAAGGAUAUUUUAAAUGAGCUGCAGGAAGAGGGGAAAGCCUUGAAUAAGGAGAUGGAACUGAAUGUCAACCAGCUUCAAGAACAGUAUGUUCUAGUCCAGGACAUGUUGCUGAGCAUCCAGGCACGGAUGGAACAGCAGAACCCCUUCGACUUUCUCAAAGACAUCACACCUUUCUUGGAUAGCUUGGAGCAAGGGAUAAGGUUGCUGACACCUGGAGAGCUUAUCUCUAAAAAGCUGAACCCAGGCCUGUACAAAGGUCCCAUCCAGUACAUGAUGUGGAGGGAAAUGCAGUCUGCUCUCUCUCCAGGCUUAUCUCCAUUAACUCUGGACCCUAAAACAGCGCACCCAAAUUUGUUGCUCUCCAAAGAUCAAACCAGUGUGUGGCAUGAUGACCUUAAGCAGGUAAUGCCCGAUGAUCCAGAAAGAUUCGACUCAAGUGUGGCUGUGCUGGGCUCAAAAGGCUUCACAUCUGGAAAAUGGUAUUGGGAGGUAGAAGUAGCAAAGAAGACAAAGUGGACAGUUGGAGUUGUCAGAGAAUCCAUCAUUAGAAAAGGGAGCUGUCCUCUAACUCCUGAGCAAGGAUUCUGGCUUUUAAGACUAAGGAACCAAAAUGAUCUAAAGGCUCUGGAUUUGCCUUCUUGCAGUAUGAAACUGACUAACAACCUUAACAAGGUGGGCAUAUAUCUAGAUUACGAAGGAGGACAGGUGUCCUUCUACAAUGCUAAAACCAUGACACACAUUUACACCUUCAGAAGCACUUUCAUGGAGAAACUUUAUCCCUACUUUAGCCCUUGCCUUAAUGAUGGUGGGCAGAAUAAACAACCAUUGCAAAUCUUACAUCCACAGUAA